CUGCAUCACUGACAGGACGGCUACUCGAGCUGUCUGGCCCGGAUUUGUAUCGGCUGCAUUGGCCCUGUUUAGUUUUCGCACUGCUUCAGUGCACGGCUCACUACAUCUGAUCAGCACAAGAGGGGAGGCGCGGGGGUGGCAGUCAGACAAGAACAGAGGCUAUCAGCCCUCCCUCUUUAAAACACACACACACGCUCAGUCGCUGUGAGAGAGCGGUGUGUGUCAGUGGGAUCUGACCGAGUGUCUGAACACUGCAAGUUAAACAUGGCCAGCCCCAGCUCCAAAGACACCGAAUGGGGAGAAAGCCAGCAGCAAGACUCCGGACCCGGGCCAGCUUUCACCGAAGCUCAGCACUGGAUCGAACAAGUAACAGGCAGAAGUUUUGGUGAUAAGGACUUUCGAACGGGUUUGGAAAAUGGAAUUUUGCUUUGCGAGUUGUUAAAUGCUAUUAAGCCUGGGGCAGUGAAGAAGAUCAAUCGUUUGCCGACUCCCAUUGCGGGACUGGACAAUAUUACAUUAUUUUUGAGAGCAUGUGAAGAGCUUGGACUUAAGGGAUCACAGCUUUUUGACCCGGGUGAUCUUCAAGAUAUGACUAAUAGGGCCACAAUCAAGGUAUCAGAUUUCGGCAGGAAAAUGAAAAAUGUUUUGAUCACUAUUUAUUGGUUAGGAAAAACAGCAAACAGCUGCACAUCCUACAGUGGGCCGACACUGAACCUGAAAGAAUUUGAAGGCUUGUUAUCUCAGAUCCAGAAGGAGAUGGACGAUACAGACAGUCCAAAAAGAAGCAUCCGUGACAGUGGCUACAUUGAUAGCUGGGACUCUGAACGCAGUGACUCCCUGUCACCUCCCAGACAUACCAGGGACGAUUCAUUUGAUAGUCUGGAUUCGUUUGGAUCACGGUCACAGCAGACACCAUCCCCAGAGGUGAUAUUUAGAGGAAGCAGUGACGGUCGUGGCAGUGACUCUGAAUCAGAUGUAACACAGAAGGCACCUGACAUGAAACGAGACGACAUGUCGGUAAGACGGACUUCCUACAGUGAACCCAAGUCAUCCUUGCCAUUUAACCAAUACCUACCCAACAAGAGCAACCAUACAGCCUAUAUGCCAGCACCUCUUCGGAAGAAACGGGCAGAGCGAGGAGAAAAUUAUCGGAAAAGCUGGAGUAACACUACCUCACCUAUAGCAACAGAGCGACCGUUCAGUCAUAGUCACCCAGAGACUAUAGAAGAGGAACAAAAUGAAGAAUUCUAUAAAGAUGAAAAGCUUAGCCAGCCAUCAUCUACAUUUACUGAAGUUCAAGGCAUUGAUGAUACCAAGGCAGCAGUGAAAUGUGAACCAGCUCUUACUGGGGAUGUUGGGAGUCCUAAGAAGCAUUUACAAGUUUGUGUGGCUGAAGACUCAGGGCACAGAGUAUCCAGAGAAGAUGCAAAAUGGGAGAGGAAAGAUGAAGAAGAAAUCAAGAAGUUGAAGAGAAUUCAGAAAGCUGGUAUCACAGUCAUGCCAGCAUCUAAACGAUACUGCAGACAAAAGCGGCAAGAUGAAAGCUGUGGGCAAACCACUCCAGAUAUCAUCCUCCGCAGGGAGAAUGCAUUUUUGACAAGCUAUCAGGACAAUGAGUCAGACUCUGAGGAGGAAGAACAAAAAGUUCCAGAUAUUGAGAAAGACGACCUCGCUUUGAGAAAAGCCCAGGUGCAUCAGUGCAAGUCCAAAGUUGCGGUCAAUCAAUUCUUACCUGGACCAUGCACAAAAAAGGAUAGGGAGCGCUGGGAGAGUAUUAAGCAAUCUGCAAAUGAGGCUGUCAGAGCUUCACAGAGUAAAGAGCAGAAAAUGGACAGCCAAAGUCAUAUUGAAGUUACAGAGAGUGAGUUGAUUGUCCCACAAAAAGCAAGUGUGCUCCUGAAGUCACAGCAGGAGAUUGACUCCAAAGUGGAAGAGAGGCUGAAAGGCCCAGAUAUAGAGCGUGAUGACCUGGCUCGGCGAAAGGCCUUGUUUGGCUUUACUGGUCGACAAAAGCCUCAUACCUUCAGUCCUUCCUCGAUCACAUCAGCUGAUAUGGAAAUGUGGCAGAAGCUUCAGCUCUCCACUGACACCAGUGAGGAGACUUCCAAGCCAAAUAAAAAUGUUUCCGAAGUGAAGCCAAUAUCUGAAAUUGAAGUAGAAAAAACAACGCAAGACAAUCCUUCCUGCCGUAGGGCAAGGAGAAGUUCUUCAGGAAGCUGUCAACGUUCUGUGCAUUUUGGCCCCGUGACGGAGAUAGAUCAGCAAUACUGGGAGAAGCUAAAUAUUGCUGGAGCCAAUCCUGACAGUGAAGCACAGGAAGGGGCAGAUGGCAAUACCAUCGAAACCUACACAUGCCAUCUCUUACCCUCAGUUGCUUCAACAAUUAUCCUCAGUUCUCAGGACAAUGUAAUAAGAGGUGAAUCCCAGGCCACUUCUGGCAGCGAUGUCAAUCUUGAUUCUCAGUCUGAGCUCCCCAGCUGUAAAUCUGAAGAAACUUGCCACAGUGAUACAUGCAUGGCUGAGUAUUUUCGACGAACCCCUUCUCCUGUCCUAGUUGCCCAGACUGUAACUCUCAGUGAAAGCAGUCAGGAUUCCAGUGAUGAAGAUGAUGAUGGGAAGACCCCGGAUCUAGAGAAAGAUGACAUGAUGAGCAGGCGGAUAAAAGCCGCCUCCAAACAGAGCAGUGCUGUCUUUAAUAAAUUCCUCCCAGUCCCCAGUUCACAGCGAACACAGUACAAAGGUGGAAUUCAUAAAGGACCUGAGAAAACUGCAAAGAAAAUGAACAAAUCCAAGGAGGAAUCUCUGGCGACAUACAGUCCUACAGAUGCACUGUCUGAUGAUGCAGGAAGCGUUAGUAUGAAUGAUAUGAGACCUGAAGAAGAUGUUGCAGUCCAGCCCCAUAGUAAAGCUCGCCAUGAGGAACUGCACAACAUUCAUAGCCUACUACGUGAAGACCAGGACAAAUGGCAAGAAGAUCUGGCUCGCUGGAAGAACCGGAGGAGGAGUGCAUCCCAGGAUCUCAUCAAACGGAAGGAGGAACGAGAUAUUGUGGAAAAAAUAAUGAGUGGGGAGCGCAGCUCAGAAAGGCGGAAGAGCAUUAAAACAUAUAGAGAAAUUGUGGAGGAGAAGGAAUGCAGAGAACUUGCUCUCCAAGAAGCGUAUAAAAAUGCAAGGACUCCAGAAGAGGCUGAAGCCAUUUUAAAAAAAUAUUCACAGAGAUUUAUCAUCAGUGAACCUAUUCUUGAAAACCUUGUGAUGCCAAAAUUCCUGGAGAGAAGUCGAUCUGUGGAUUCUGAGGCUCCAUCCUCACCAACAAAAGAUCCUAAUUCACUGAAGUACUUACGACAACAAUCACUGCCUAUCCAAAAAUAUACUGCCACUGUUGAAGCAAUGAUCAUUCCCAGCAGCCAGUCCCAGAAGAACGUUUCUGCAACAGUAACAUCCCCAACCAGAACUGUUGCCUGUAAGGCAGUGCCUAUGUUGACCCCCAAGCCUUAUUCACAACCAAAAGAUUCACAAACUGUGCUGAAAUCAUUUAAGAAGGAUGGGAAAAUUAGAAUAAAUGGAGACACCAGCCCAACAUUCACCAGAGUUGAAGAGAGGGAGCCCACAUCUGCAAUAUCUUCCUCAUCCUUUACAUCAUCACAGAUGUUUGAAAGUGUGACAAGUGAGGACACGCCCACAUUACAGUCUCAGAUUGAUUACUGCCACGUUACUGGAGCAGAACAGGAAAUUUCUUCAUCCAUAAAAGAACCAGAAACUGAAGAUACAGGGCAAGAGGAACGAACUGAGAUGCCAAUCACCACUGGCACCAGUCAACAAUCAAACACAGAAGAAGAAUUUGAUUUAAAAUCUUGCUGCAAUAAGACUGCAACAGCGACAAUAAAAGAUGCAACACAAGAAGAAGAUCAGCCUUGGAACUUGGAAACAUCGACACUGCACAUUGCCCUGUCAAAUAAUGUAGGAUCAGGAACAAAGAACACAGUUGAUUGCAAAAUUCUAAUGACUGAUGAAGCCUGUUUAACUCCUGAGAAAGACAAGCCCAGUGAAAGUGUGCAGAUACAACUCCAACAAGAGACAUUAAAAUCAGAGACACUUCAACAUGGUGAAAGAGGAGAUGUAUUUGAUUCCACUCAGAGGAUAAGUGAAGUGGAGGAAGAGACUAUAGAGGACAGUCAGCCUGUUGAUGGUAUUAAUCAUCAAGAAUCACCUAACACUGCCAGUGUUCCGGUCACAGUUCGGAACUCUUGGCGACGCUCAGAGUUUUUCUCUCAGCCAGCAGAAGUGAAAAACAGUGAAAAUGUAAAUAUCCCAGUUGCUCCUUUAAAUCUCCCUAAACGUUUUGACUGCUGGUAUUGGGAUCCAGAAGAAGAACGCAAGCGUCAGGAAAGAUGGCAGAAAGAGCAGGAACGCUUGCUCCAGGAAAGGUACAGAAAGGAGCAAGAAAAACUCCGCCAGGAAUGGGAAAAAGCACAAAGAGAGGUUGAGGAAGAGGAACGCAGAUAUCAUGAAGAGGAACGUAAAAUCAUUCAGGAAACAGUGCCACCCCUGACUCCACGAUCACCAGCAUUGCCUAUCAGUCAUCCCAAUGAGUGGAUCUGCCCGUCAAAAACUGAGGGAGACUCUCAUUCUGAGCUCAUUGAGGAUUCCUCCAUGCACCUGGAGAACAGGAAUGUCCAAUUGCAGAAAGAUGCACAAAUGGUAGAAGCAGAGAGUUGGCAAGCAGAAGAUAAGGGACAAAUGCAAGCAGAAGAGGAGCAACAAAAACAGCUGUGGGAACCAGCAGAGUCACAGACCCUUAAAAAGGAUGAGACGGAACAACAGGACAACUGGGAUGAAACUUGGAAGAACAAACUGGAGACACAGCACUGGCAGGAGAGUACACAACCAGAACCUGAAGAGCAAAAGUUGAAUGCCCAAUCUGAAAUACACACUUUACAAAUGGAUGAAGAGACCAUUCGUGAAAGACAGAACCAGGCAGACUGGCAAAUACCUUUUGCAGAUCAGGAGAAACUACCAGCUCAAGCUGCGGGAUCCCCAGUAUUUGCCAGCAGAUCAUGGAAUGCACAGGAACUUCCUUCGUUCCUUGAAAUUCCAAGAAAGCAACAACAAGGAGAUGUAGUAAAGACUGGGUCUCUGGACAGAAGCUGGGCUCUUCAGUCUAAUACAAUGGAAAGAAAAAACUGGUCGGGAUCUCAUGAAAACUUACAGUCAGGCCAAUCUCUGCCACUCCCACACUCAUCUCUUCAACUUCAGGCACCCAGUAGAUCAAUCAGCGGGAAGAAGUUAUGCUCAACUUGUGGACUUCCUCUUGGAAAAGGUGCAGCCAUGAUUAUUGAAACACUCAGUCUAUAUUUCCAUAUUCAGUGUUUCACGUGUGGCAUCUGUAAAGGUCAACUUGGAGAUGCAGCCACUGGGACAGAUGUCCGGAUUCGGAAUGGGCUUCUUAAUUGUAAUGAUUGUUACAUCAGGUCCAGAACUGCUGGACAACCCACUACUUUAUGACUGUGCCACAUGUCAAUCAGCAACAGCAACUGGAUGUUGGGAAGAAUACGGAUGGCCCAUGCUCAACGCUGAUCAUUGUGACGAUUGUUUCAUGGACAAUCGUGGAUAGAAACUGUCAUGCACUGGCUUCCUCAUUAGAAGAGCUAUCAUUUUCCAAAGUAGCUUCUACCUACAUUGUUACUUUGGCAGUCUACGCCUUGGCUCAUUUUCAAACUUAGUGGAACCACCAUUCUUUUUGCUCAGAGUUACAGAAGUAGCAUCCUAAAUUUCCUGUCAAAUAAAAGCUUUUAACUGGAUUCAACACCUAUUUAAUUAAUGUUGUGUGAUAUAUAAUUUAUUUGUUGCCUCUUCCAAUUAAUAAAACACGUUAAAGGUGCAAUGAUUAUUGGAGUAGAUGAAUAAAAAUGGGGACUGAAUCUUGUGAGCUCCACCCAUGACAAGUUUAGUGGUAAGGGAAUGAUGACUUGGUGGAAAGAUGGGAACUUGCUUUCGUCACAACUAAAUCCAUUUACUACCCAUUUCAGGGCCUAAUGCCCCCAGCACUGGCAUAAAACUAGGGUAGGAAAAGGUGGUGAAACCUGUCAAGCUAGGAGCACAACUACCAUACCACAUGUUUGCUUUCAGACUCUGGGGUGUGGGUGAUGCGGUAGAAGAGUGAUGUGUGGAUCCCUCAUUUAAAGGCACUCAGUGCCUGAUUGUGAGAUCUGCUAUCAGCAAUGAGGGCUUUUUGACUCCAUAACACUGCCUUUGCUGUAACCCAUUCUUACCCUGAACCCACUCUCCCCAUCCUCAUUGGUGCUCAGGCUCCCCCUCAAUCCAAGGCCUCCAAUGGGUAGAUCAUGUCAACAGUAGUAUGAGCCCCCAUUGUGCCAGUUCUGAAUGCAGAAGCGCUGCCAGCCUCCGAUUGGCCAGUAGCUGUUGGCCGGUGGGUUACCCACCCCUGGGGUAAAGUACCUGGUUCAGUACCUGGCAGAAGAUCCUCCUAAAAUGACAUGACAUGAGCACCUCAUUGUCUCUCUAACCAAUAGCUAAGAUACUCCCUUGCCUCCACAAGAUUCUGCCCUAUGUUUGUCCCGUAUAGUGGAUAAUACCUGUCGUCUUCCUUUUUCUGGAACUAACUUGAGCCAUCUGUGUAACACUGAGGAGACAUAGAGAUCAUUCUAAACGGAUAGAUUUGCAUUAAUUUUGAUAUUAUAGAUUGCUAAGUAAUAUUGUGUUUGGCAUCUGUAUAAAUGAAUAAUGAGGCAAUAACCAAGUAUUUUGAUACAAGAUUUCACCAGCAUACGUCUGCACGAUUUAGCAAUGAACCAGACAUUGUAUUUCUUUUUGAAAAAAGAAAGUUGAGAUAUUUAUCUUUUAGGGAAAUAAGUGCCCCAGUCUGAGGGAGAUCUCUUCAAUUUGCUGUGUUAGGAAGGACCUGUUUUCAAAUGUGAAUGGCCAAUGGUUCUAACAUUGCAUCAGGUUUUUGCACAUGUUCAUCACAGGCUUCCUCUCAUCUAUUUUUAGCCAGUUGAGCUAAGUUUUUAUAAAGGAGCAUCCAGGUGGAUAUGAUCUUCAAGUUAAUGAUUAAUUAGUAGACUACUAACAGGCUGCAAUUCAUAUUCAAGAUCACAAAAAGAAUUGACUGUUCCACACCUUGUUGAGUUUUUCUGGUACAGCAUUGACCCCAGUCCCUAAGUUUUAUGUUGGCUUGGUACCUGUGGAUUUUUUUUCUUCCAUAAUCUGGUAUAUUUCCUCAGAGUUAAGAUGCGCCAAGAAUUAAUAUAAUAAAAUUCAAGUAACUCAAAUGCAAUAUUCCUGCAUGUAUUCUUACCAUUUGAGCUAUGAAUAUGGCCUAUGGUGCCAUUUUACAUUCUGAAUCUGGCGAGACAACGAUGAGCCACAAGUUUGAACUUUUACAUUUUUGCCUCAAACUAAGUCCAGUGAUUUGUCUAAAGUGCAAGCAUCCCUGUAUGUGGUGAGUACGUGAAGUAAUUAAGGUUACAAAAUAGUAUCAAAUGUUUUGGUGUUUAUUACACCUUUUAUUUUAAAACAUUCUACCUAUUAUGAACCAUUGAAACUCUGAAACAUUUUAAAAAGUGAAGCUUUCCAAGCAGAAAAAGAAUGAUUGCAUUCAGCAAUUUUAAAUCAUCUCUAAAUCUGUCUGAUGGAACAUUCUGCAAAGCUGCUGAGGAAAGCAAUUCUUUUUUUAAAAAAAUACCAUUAGAGAUACCACAGACUUUUCAAAUGUCACUGUUCUUAUUUUGUAGUCAAAUGAGGCUAGCCAAGUAAUCACAACUAGUCUGAGAUUUGCCAUGAUUCCUUGCUUAGCAAUACACUUAUAUUUCAGGCAGAUACCUAUGAAGUGAUGCUGAGGAGAAGGAAAGCACCUAAUUAGCCAGCUACAUAGUUCUUACUUUAAUCAACAGCAAUACAAAGUCAGCUCCAUACUCGCUGAAGCUCUUGAUUUACAUUCAGUAGGAUAAAUGUUAUAGUCCAUAAUCAUUUAACAUGCAAAUAAAUAAAUCCCUUCUUCUCUAGCUCAGCUAUAAUUAUUUCUUGAAGUUACAUGUUUGACAAUUAUUUAUUGAAAUAGAUAAAGCUAUGUUUUGCAUGCUAGUCAAGUCCUUAUGCUGAAGUACUAAGUGAUAAAUGUUUGCUGUAUUUUUAUUUGUAACCAUUUUUGGAUUAACUAGUGGAAGAAUAUUUUAUUUCUUCCACAUUAAAACUGUGCCUUAGAAAAUGCAGGUUGUUGCACAUGGACUGUCAAAGUGUUGAGCAUCUGCAGUGAAUGUGAAAUAAUUGGUAUCCGACUCGAGAGGCAUCUUUAUCAGCUCUCAAGUGAGCUGGGUACAAGUGAUACUGCAAAGGAAAUGACAUGAAGCUGAGGCCUAAUUGAUUUAUCUCAUGUGACCAGUUCAUAUUAAACUGAAGUUUCCUACUCUUCUGCAUGGUUUCAGCAAAGGCUGAUGUUUAUCUUGCAGUCUCUCUUUUGUGUAAAAUAUAUGGUUCAGCACUCAAAAGAUUUUUAAAGAGGACUUUUUACAUAUUCUUGUACAUUGUUUUCUCCUCAGAAAUUAAAGAAGUACAGAGGAAGUAGUAAUGCAUAUAUUGUAGCACAUUGUACCCCUGUUCCAGUAGCCCCAUUUGCAAUUCUCUUCAUCUUAAGAAAAAGUUUAAGUUGUGACAACUUGAACAUGGCAAUAGUCACUAAGCAUUUAAGUGGUAAUAUUGAAACUUUUUACCUGUGCAGUAAACUGUUUCAGUACAGCUUUAUAUUUAAUACAGCGUUAAGCAUUAAUAUUCAAAGCCAAUGAGUAAUAGUACUUAGAAUAUGGGCUGGAUGAUACAGUAAGCAAUAUUGAAAAUGAAUGAUAAACAGGUUUGUAUGAUAUUCAUCUACUAUUUUAAGAAAGUUUUAUGGCUCAGUAGAUAGUGUCCCUUAUAUGUUUUAGAUUCAAGCUCCAUGUCAGGAUUUGAAGGCCAAAAGAGAUGCAUUUGUAGCAUUGACGAGUUGAGUAUCAAUCUGUAAAUCUUUGCAACUCAUCAGUAGCAGGUUAUAAAAGUAGGAAAGAUUCUUGGUCAACUGUGUGAUGAAAAGGAGCCCCUGCCAUCACUAUUCAUAGCCCCAGAGUAAAGCUUGCAUAUAAAAAAUGCAUAAUGCUACAGCAACUCAAACUCCCUAACAGAACUGUAACAUGCUACCUUAAAGACGUUAACUCAUUUAAGACAAAAAGUAGAACAUCAUAAAAUGUAUUGUGCUCAUCAAUGAGCAACAACAGCAAAUUCUCAACUAAAAUGUUAAUAUAGCUAUUUACAGAAGUGAGCCAUAACAGAGGUAAGAACACUUUGGAUUACCAAAAUGCAUAUGAAAAUACAUACUCAAUAACAAAAUAAUCAUUUUUUUCUUUGGAAAAUGACAUUUUGUUUUACAAGAUUCCACUGUAUGUAUGGUUGACUUUUACUGAUUUUGAGGAAGUCCAUACUUGGUUUAUAAAUCAAUAAAACUCUCGUAAAAUACCUGUUCUUGUGAUUACUCUUCUCAUUUUGUCAGCAAGACUUGUCAAUUCAUGCUUGCAUGAUUGGACGCAGUGUCCUUCUAGAAGCAUGUGAUGUAUCUCUGCCAGCGUCUACUAUCAUCUGUGUAGAGAGUUGUUGGGUCUGAUUGUAUGCCACUAACAACCCUUCUCCAAAUCAUACUUAACCAAAUAUGGACUUGGACUGGUGAUUUUUAGAUGAAUAAUUGUAGCUGGGGCUAGUAAAUAAUUGAAGUAGUCUGGUAUAUGCUACAUUCAACUAUUGUGCCACAUGUAUAGUGAUCUGCCUCUUGAAAGAAGAAAUAAAUUGUGUUCAAAUAAUACAACAGCUUUUAUAGUGAAUGUAUGUCGUUUAUAAAUAAAACGUUUAAAAAUAA